GGGAGCCUCCGUCCAACAUCCGUGUGCGGAGCGCGAGUCUCUCCUAUCUUUCUCUCUCUAUCUUAUUGCGACAACUCGACAAGGACAGACAGCUCUCUUUCUCUCUCCUGUAGUCUCCUCUCCUCACUACGUCAAAAGCAGCAGUCGUUUCGUCGCGCCUCUCGGCCUCUCCACUCUCCAGUAGUGUAUCCACGGCUAGCGAACAAAGUCGCGCGUCCUCUCGUCGUCCCUUUAACAAAUCCAAUCCAAUCCUCGCAGGUGCGCGUGUCUCUACGUAGUGUGCUUGUGCAGUACAGUGCCUGUGCGUUACGUAUUAUCCAACGAAAAAAGCAACAAGAUUCGCAGGCAUAUUGAAGGGAUAAAAUGCAGCCGUGUACGCGCAAUGUCGGCUGAGCAGGAGGACGAGAUAAAUAGCGCCGACGUCGUCUUCAGCGGAGGAGGAGGAGGUGGAGGUAAUAAGGUCGCCAUCGGCAGCGCCGACCUUCGCCGUUUAUUCGAAAGUUGAUCGACAGAUUAAACAAUCAUGAGUAGCGAAUCGCCAAUGGAUAUGCUGUCCUCAGCAGCUUCAAUCAUUAAUGCUACCGCAAUGGGAAGUAUGCCUGCGAAUGUCAGAGUUGACGAUCCCAACAAGGAAGUGACUCCUAUUUUCCUACAAACACAAGCAGCAAAAGGUAUUGCAGGUGCCUUUGUAUGGGCUGCUCUGUUUAUCAGUUGUCAACAAAUAUACCAACACCUGAGGUGGUACACAAACACUGCAGAGCAGCGAUGGAUAGUCAGGAUACUGUUCAUAGUGCCCAUAUACGCCACUUACUCCUGGAUAUCCCUCUUGUUCUUUAACAAUGAGAGCUACUACGUGUACUUCUUUACUGUGCGCGACUGUUAUGAGGCAUUUGUCAUCUACAAUUUCCUCUCCCUGUGCUACGAGUAUUUGGGUGGCGAGGGCAACAUUAUGUCUGAGAUACGGGGGAAGCCCAUCCGCUCAAGUUGCAUCUAUGGAACCUACUGCUUGGCUGGAAAGACAUACACUAUUGGCUUUCUUAGAUUCUGCAAGCAAGCAACGCUGCAGUUCUGUCUGGUUAAGCCCCUCAUGGCCUUUGUCAUCAUUUUCCUGCAAGCAUUCGGGCAUUAUAGGGACGGCGAUUGGUCUCCCGACGGCGGAUACGUAUACAUAACCUGCAUUUACAAUAUUAGCGUCACUCUGGCGCUAUAUGGACUGUUUUUAUUCUACUUCGCCACAAAGGACCUGCUCACGCCCUUCGAUCCUGUUCUCAAGUUCUGCACCGUCAAGAGUGUCAUUUUCCUGUCCUUCUGGCAAGGAGUCUUGCUUGCCGUACUGGAAAAGGCGAAUGUCAUUUCUCCAGUGAUCGACAGCCUGGGCCACUCGACGAGCGCUGGUACCGUGUCAGCGGGCUACCAGAACUUCCUCAUCUGCAUCGAGAUGUUGUUCGCGGCGAUAGCUCUGCGAUACGCCUUCCCCUACCAGGUCUACGCGGCAGGUUGUACUACGGACUCGCGCGGGCGCAGCGUCACUAUGCAGAGCAUCAGCAGCAGCCUCAAGGAAACCAUGAAUCCUAAGGACAUCAUGACUGACGCCAUCCAUAACUUCCAUCCUCAGUACCAGCAGUACACGCAGUAUAGUUCUGGAGGCGGUGCCAAGAGUCAGCGUGGUAUGCGGGUGUCAAGCUUCGACCCGGAGGACCCACAGAAUAUGCCGGUGCCUCCGCCCCAACGACGUAACGUCCCGAACCAACGCGUCGCCACCAUAUCCCAGAACUACAACGAGAAGACGAUGCUGCUGAGCAGCGACGACGAGUUCCAGUAGAAUUACCGACGGCGAACUCACGGUCGCUACAUGGAUUUUUGAAUUUCCCGCCAUUACGGUGGCCCGGGAUGAAUCGCAGCCUUUUUGCGAGUCGCGUUGCCUGAACGGACUCCUCCAUAACUGGGACUGGUGUUUCUUCUUUGUGAGAUAGAAACGAGGUCUUGCGAUUGCACUGGUGGAUAAGGAACUAUUAUGUCAAAGCUUUUAUUCAACUUGUUUACCGGCGUGCUGUUGUACCGACCGAGCUACUGCUUAGGGCGAGAUUUUGCGCGUUUUUGAUCUCGCACUUGCAACUUUCGCCAUAAGCAGUACGUGCUGUACUAAAUUCGAAAUAUCUGUAGGCGCAGUGGUUUAAUCUAGGAAAAAAACUUUCUUAUAUGAUUGACGGUCACGAAUUUCACGGUCGGUAAAGCAGCGGGCAAAAACAAGCGUCGAUGACCUUUUUUUUAAUUUCUGAUUUGAAUUUCGCGUGAGAUUAAAUGACGGUGUGUACACAGAAUACUCGGUGUGCCGUGCUGUAGAAAGCGGAUUUUCAAAUCGUGCGCAUAAUAUACUUUGAGAAAAUUUUAUACAAUAUUAGAAAGCCUUUUGAUACUGUAUAUAAAAUUUUCUUGGGUAGUAUAUAUAAUAAUAGAAACGAAUAACGAGAUAAAGAUAAAUCAUAUAUUUUCUUACAACAAACCGAAAUUGUAAGGGAACCUAUACUUUAUACCGUAUAAGUUAAUUGUAACGUCACACAAUCGUGGUUAUUUACUAGUGCAAUCGUAGCCUAAAUCUCUAAUGUAAACGAUGUAUUGUUCGUUCACUUUGCAAAACUGAUUAUUACGUGCUUUAAUUCGCAUUAUCAUUACUCUUAUUUCAAAGAAAUGAAAAUUUACGUGAAAUCACUGUCAAACAGUUGUGUUGCGCUAUAUUGAUUUUCAAUUCAAAUUAAACAAGGAUAUAUUAAAAUAUUUAUCAAGUAACCAAAUCAUGUGACCUGCUUUUCAGCUUUCGUUCGCGUCGAUGUUACAUAAACGUUUAUUCAAAAUCAUUUUGCUUAAAAAAAAUAAUAUCUUUGAACAAGGUAAAAAAAAACUUUUAAUAUAAUAAAGCAUUAUUCUGUUGGAAUGAAUCUGAGAUUACACGGUAACUAAGUUACAAACUAAAUCAUGCAUUUUUUAUGUCACGUUAUUAUUAAAAAGUGUUAGUUUGAGUAUAUACACUGAUGUGAGAGUUACAUAUAUUUGCAAUUUUUAUAUUGUUCAAGUAAAGAGCAUUUUCUAAUGGAAUCUCAUAGUAGAGGAGCUGCAAAGAAUAUAAGGUAGAUGCUGCACUUGUAUUACAUAUUAUUUUGUUCAUAAUACGAGAUUAUGACGAUUUCAUGAUAUAAAAGUUUCAUCAACCCAUUUUCGUGUUAUUUACAUGGCUAUAUCAUGUAAAAUAUUUAGUUCCAAUCAUUAAGAGAAAAUGUUCAUCGUAAAAUAAUAUUGUCUGCUCUUCUGUGAAAUCCUGCGGAGCGAUUAUGUAAAGGACUUUAUGGAGAUCAAUCUACUGUAUUUUAUUGGUCUCCAUAAAGAGAAAUCUUAUCUAUGAGUUUAAGAUUAUGAAACUGAGCUAUUUUCAUGAGACUGUCUUAAAGUUUAAAACUCUUGCUCUUUUAUCGAUCAUUUUUCUCGUUAUUGUCACAUCAUGCGGACAGUUCCAUGAAAAACCAUAAAAAAAGAAAAAUAAAAAAAAAAUACAAAACCAAAAAAUAUUACGUGAGCGGGACGAGAAUCAGAGCGAAAGAAAAGUUCGAAGGACGUCGCGAAGCCAAAAAAAAAGUUGUACGUCGUCCAGUUAAUUUCACACUCUCGCGCAUGUAGACAUAAUAAUAUACAAAAAAAGGGAAAAAAUGAAACAAGACACAGUUCCACAUACGAUGUUAUUCAUGUUAAAUAAUCGACGUUACGUUAUGUAAUUAUAAUAAUGAAAAUAUACAAACACAAAGGUAAGUAUGAAGGGAAAAAAACCGGAUAAAUAGUUGAUAGAAGAAUAUUUAUUUUAAUAUGCUCAACACGAACGACGACACUUGCGGUGUAGUAAGGGCGUCGCUCGUUCUAGACGCGGCGCCCGAUUCUAUGACACGAGAUAAUAUACGGAUGAUUAAAUGAACAAUAAAACUCUUAUAUAGCUUUAACGUCUCUCUUCUUAAUAUUCUCCGAGUAAACCAGUGUAAAGAAUGUACAAGAGUAACAGGAUGUAUUUAUAAACAAUAGGUACAGGUCGGGGAGAUAGGACAAAUACCCAUGCUGUCAAUUGUCAUAGAUGCCAUAUCCGGAGAAACUCGCCCGUAUGGUUCCAUUUUUCAAUAUUAGUUCAAAAUGUUGUUCAAACGCUUUCCUUCAAACGCGCACAAUUUUCAACAAAGUACUAUUUGUACAUCACCAGUUAACGAUAUACGCUCCAAACAGUCGAUGUAUAGCCUCGGUAGGCUAAUUGCCAAGUUUUUCAUUAUCAUACCCACGACCAAAAACCAGAGCUCAAGACUUCGGGAUAACGGUCAGUAGCUAUUCUUUCGUGGGAAAAAAGGCCGCGAGUUUCUCUGGCGUGGCUCUCGAGACACGCCCGUAAUAUAACGUAAAAUCCAACAUUGUCCAUGACGAGCAUGUAUACAGUACUUACAGGUUUUUUCCUCGUUUUUAUUUCUGCGCAGUAAAUACAAUCUUUUCUUGUAUACCUCACCUAUGUGCGUACGAGACACCAUUGUAUAUGCGUUUUUUUUGUCGACCGAAUUUCUCGCGCAGUUUGUGUGUAGUUCGAAGGGUCGUAGCUUUUUUACACGUAUACAUGUAUGCUAUUGCUUAGGUCGAGUUUGGCUUUUCUUUUCGUUUAUGAAAUUGAGCGCUUUUGAGGUUUUUCUCGCGUUAUCGCUUGAUUGCAAGAUAAUUAUAAUGUGUAAAUACCCAUAACGUCCGUGUAUAAUUACUGAACAUACACAGCUCGCUAUACGAAGACUGUAAAUGAACAAUCAUGCGCUGUUUCCAACGAUAUGUUGAACUUGUACGUAAGAGGCUAUACAAAAGUUUAAAAGAUUGCACACAAUCUGCGUUUCCCAUGAUUAAUGCAAUUUAUUCUGAUUCGGUCGAUAAAAAUAUACUUCUACAUCACAUACACCACACGACGUAAUAAUAUUUGUGACUCGGAAAUAUAUUCUUCUCUGAAUAAUCAACGACUUUUUCGCUGGUUCACUUUAUUAUGCGAAAAAAUAUAUGUUGCCCUCCAUUUGUUUACAAAUUUCACUCGCAUGAAAGUUUUAAGCAUAAUAAGAACCUGAAUUGGAAAAGAAAAUCGAUAGAUUGAUUAUUCAAAUUUUUCCGAGUGGCUUGAUAAUUAUUCUGAAGAUUAAAAGACAAAUGUUUCGCUUGAUAUACUUGUAAUUUUACGUUCCUUCCAUUAUACCACAUGUAGCAAAAUUAUUAUAACAAUUAAGGGAUGAAAAAAUAUAUUAUACCUAAAGAAAAACAGAAACUAGGCGAAGUGGUGGAGUAUAUAAAGAAAAAACUGAAAAAGAUUAAAUUACGACGAAAAAGGAGGAGAAGCUGCGUACAGAUGCGUCCUAUUAUACGAGAUGUAGAUCGAGGAAAUAACAAAAAGAAACUAUUAAAUGUAUAUAAUAAAUAUAAUGUAUAAUGUCAUGCAGAAUGUAUUUAAUAACAACUGAAAUGAUAAAAUAAAUGAAAAAAUGGUAAAGUAAAAUUAAAGGGAGAAACAAUACUGUGGAAGGAGAGCGGGAAGAGUUUCCUCGUCAGGGCCUCGAUGUUGCAUUUCCUUGUUCUUUUCGAUGAAACAUUUUGUGUUCUUUGCGAUGCCAGAGGAGAUAAAAGCCAAUGACGAGAGAAAGAUUUUAAAUAAAAAAUAAUAUUGGGAGCGAGAGAAAAUAUUUAACACGUGCGAGAGUGACGUGUCGAAUAACGAAUAUUAUGUCCAGAUAUAUUAAAUAAAUAAACUGUCGAUACCUGACGAAAAAAUGACA